UUUAAUAUAACUGCUAAUUUGCUUACAUUGAAGAACUAGUAAACAGCGAUUUUAGAAUUGUACACUUGGAAGGAGGCGUGGCUUUGCAUAAAAUACAUAAUCAUCAUAGUGGGCGUCAAGAUAUGAACGCAUUUGUCACCAAUCAGCAAUGUACCGCCCACAAGCAAUAAAGCCAACCAAUUCCGAUGCUUCUCAUUACGCGUAGUUGGUCAUCUGGACCAAUCAGGACGGAGGAUGAUGUUGCGUCACUGGGAAAUCAAAGUUGUUGUAGAGCGCGUCCGGGAGGAGAUGAAAUGUAGCCGGUGGAUAACAGAAAGAAACCAGACAGCGAGUAGUGGAACCUUCCACGCUCCAGAAUUGCCAUAAAUAAAGGGUUUAUCAUCUACAGCCAUUAAUGGAACGCUUUUGACUGGAUAUAUCACACAAAUAAGUUCCCAGAUGAAUUGAAUCGACGGACUCCUAACGAUGUUCAUGUCGUCCCUCGCCUAGUUUUCCCCAUUCAUUUCUUGCAGUUUUGCCAUCAAGCGAGGACUUUUUUUUUAAAAUUCCACUCAAGAUGACGGAAAUCAGUGAGAAGGAGAGCGAGCCACAGCACCGGGACCUCCAACGACCACAAGCUACUGUGCCCAGCCAGCCGGAAUCAAAGCUGCAGCGACUAAAGCGCUCCUUGUCCUUCAAAUCAGUCAUGCGCAGCAAGAGCGUGGACAACUUUUUCCAGCGUAGCAACGGUGAAGCACGGCCACCUUGCACGCUCAUUAUCCCCCCAGCUCCACCGCCGUUGCCUCCCCCGUGUUCAGAAUCGCCCUUGGCCUACGAGCGAUCGCCCUCCCUCUCACCGUCAGCCAGCCCCAACCCCUCUCUUACUGAGUCGUCCCACUCUCCGUCCAUCAGUCCCUCGUUGUCUCUCAGCUCCAAGACUCUACCCAAGUCUCCUUGUCAGCCCACAGCACCACCCAAGACUCAUUGUUUCCAGGAGCACGUCUUCCGCAGGCCGACCAGCUGUGAGCGAUGCAAACAUAUAAUCCAAGUCUGUAUGCACGCAGGCAACUCCAAGCAAGGACUGCGUUGUAAAGCCUGCAAGCUGGCCACUCACCUCUGGUGUUCUUCUGAGCUCUCCCAGCAGCCCUGCAUUGGCAAGACGGGAGCCUUUAAAAGGAACUUCAGCUCACCUCUACUAACCACUGACUCACUGGGCGUGGUCAGGGAGGCUCCUGAUGUGCAGGAGGCCGACAACGUCAAUGUGGACCCCAUCUAUGAAGCGCUGCGCUAUGGGACGUCGCUAGCUCAGAUGAGCCGUUCCAGCUUCGGAAGCAUCUCGGAGUCGCCCUGUGACGAGGCGGAAAAGCUGCCAGACAAACUAGGGAGUCAGCCCAUCACUGAAGAGGAGCCCAUUCCAGGAAUGCUCACCCCUCCUGAAAGCGAGAAGGCUGACUCAGAAGAGCGGGUCAGCCUGAAGACUCCGAAGCGUGUUGAGAUCCACUCCAUCCACACCUAUGUGGCGCUCUACAAGUUCCUGCCUCAGGAGAAGAAUGACUUGGAGCUACAGCCUGGCAAUAGAGUCAAAGUCACAGACGACUCCAAUGAGGACUGGUGGAAGGGGAAAAGCCGAAACAAAGUGGGAUAUUUCCCAGCCAACUUUGUGCAGCGGGUGCGCCCUGGUGAAAGUGUGUGGAAGGUCAUGUCAGGUUUCCACGGCAACCGAGACAAAGGCCAGAUGACGGUGAAAGAGGCCCAGAUCUGUGUAGGAAAAAACGAGGAUACAGACGGCUUCCUGCGUUUGAGCAGCGGGAAGAAGCGAGGCUUGGUCCCUGCGAACAUUCUGCUUGAAAUAUGACAGCUUUUCAUUGCUAUUUAUAUUCAUAAUAAUAAUGAUAAUGAUACUUGACGGAGGAUUCACAGGAAUGUUUUCUCCCAAUGGAAGUGGCUUAGCUUGAUUUUUUUAAAUUGCAGAAUCCUAAAGCAGGAGGGAGGAGCUUUCUUUUGAGAUACUCGUAGCGCAGCUCAAGUCGCUCACGUUGAAAUGUAGCACCACUUUGAGGAGAAUGCGCAGGAAAUCUGGCUACCUCACCGUCUGGGGAAAAAAGUGCUAUCAGGCUAUGAAGCGUACAACUCUGAACCAACUGACUGUGUCUUUACUUUGCAUAGUAGAAACAAAGCGAUCGAGAAAGGUGGGCAUUAAAAGCUUUGGAUGGCCACUGUUGUUCAAUCAUUCAUGUAUUACGGGCUCAUAAUAAUCACAUACAUAUACACCUGUGCUUCCUGGUUCAUCAAGAAAAAUACAGAGACCCUUGUGAUACCUCACACAUACUGAGGUUCUUAUGUAUGGCACACUGCUCUCUAGUGAUUUAGAUGGUUUAAUAGCACUGAUGUCUUCACAUUGACCAUCAGUCUUCAGGCACAGAUGCUACCUUUACACUUGUCCAUAAAGUCGACACUUAGAAUCUGCCUUAUCAGCCGGUUAUUUAUAUCGUCAUAUAAUAUCUGUUUGUGAGAAUGUGAAGCUGUGCUGCUUUUCCUCCUUGAAAGUGCAGCACAGCAAAAACAUAAUCCCCAACUCAGUGUCAAAAAGGAGAUGGCGGCUGUCAAACGUCCCCCUCUCUCUCUCACUCUCUCUCCAUGGGGUGUGUACCAAAUUGCGUCUGUCAAAAUGCGCGGGACGAAUGACGGACACCUCUUUUUUUUUUUAAGUAUGAAAUUCUGGGGCGCUUGUUCCUGCUUUAUUCGAUCAACAUUGAUUUACAGUAUCUCACCAAAGUGAGUUACACAUCUCACAUUUCAGCAACCAUUGACUGUAUCCUCUCAAGGGACAUGACUAUCGACAUGAAACUUGGAUAUACUUUAGAGUCAGUGUACAGCUUGUACAGCAGUACAGAUUUACAGUCCUCUGAAAAUAAGUCAACACACAGCCAUUAUCGUCUAAAUAGCUGGCAACACAAGAGAGUGCCUCUUGUCUCAGGUGCUGCAUGAGUGCUGCCGGCAUUGGGGAGAUGUGGUUCAAUUAAGGAAACAUGAAUUUCAACAUAUACUGUGACACUGGCAACACAAGAGAGCACACCUCACAGUGUUGUGUCCAAAGUGUGAAUAUUUAAUGUGAGCACCAUUGUUUGGGCAUGGGAUUCACCAAAGCUGCACAGGUUGUCACUGGAAUCCUCUUCCACUCCUCCAUGAUGACAUGUUACAGGAUGUUGCACUUCUCCCUCUUUCUUCCCUUCUCUUGAUGAAUUUGUUUCCCUUCAAUGAACCGCAGCUCCCCAAUUCCGGGAGCACUCUUGCAGUCCUAGACCAUGACGCAACUACCACCAUCUGUGACGGUAGCGUGUGUAUCUUCCAACUCACUUGACAAUAAUGUGUGUGUGUUGGCCGAGUCAUUUUCUGUGGAAAUCUAUCCUGCUAUACAAACUGUACACUGAGUACUCUAAAAGUAUAUCAACUUCUAUAGUAUUGGCCCUUGAGUAGAAACUGUAUACUGUAAUCAAAGUGGUUGCUGAAAUGUGAGGGGUGUACUCGCUUUUGUGAGAUACUGUAUCAUCAUCACAUUGGAACAGAUCAGGUGGUGUCAGCAAUAAAUGUAAAUACAACAUGACAGUAUCUGUGUGCAGCCUUAUGGUAAUAUGUGUUGACUAAGGGCAUUAAUAUCUAAAUGAUAUCAAACUAUUGUUUACUCAAUCGACAGUAUAUACUUACAUUUAGCUGAAACACUAUGCACACUCGAUCUACAGUCGCUCACUUCUGUGUGUUGUAGCCACGUGUAUGUCAGCAACAUAACACAAUGCUUGGCUCAGGAUCACGUUUAGCAGGACUUACACCAUUGUUUUCACUGUCUAGCCGCCACUUGGUAUCAAUAAAGUCCGACGAACCCUCAAGUACACGUGUCACGUCUUGUUUGUCACACGAGAUUGAUUGUCUUUUGUU